ACCGUUCACAUUAUCCUAUCGCACCCGCCCCCCUUUGAUUAGCUGCUCUUUCUUCCUUUCGCCAUCCAAGUUUUCCAAUUCCUUUUGCAACGCCACCAAACGCACGCGUCGAUCGAUUUAUGAAAUCCCCUCCCACCCCGACCUCCACCAACCCCCUCUUCUUCCCCCCCAGUUGAAGACGACUUCUCCUUUUACCUCUCCGCCUUCCAAGACGCCCCAGCUUCUUUCCCCCCUUCUUCGUCCCCCUCGGCCGACAUGGCGAAGGAGCGGAGGCGACGAGACGGCGGAGAUGAAGGUGGAGGCGACGACGCCGGAGGUGGUGGGGAGGAGGAUGAAGAGAAGAAGAAGAAAAAGAAGAAGAAGAAGCGGACGAUUGCGAGGCUAUUGACGUCGAUCGCCGUCCUCGAUGCCCAGGAAGAGUCCGACCGGCGGGCCUCCGACGAGGCCGCCCGCCGGGACCUCUCCCUCCUCCAGGCCAACCACCGCCGCAAGUCCCAGGCCAUGCUCGAGUACUACUCCCGCCUCCAGGACCACUUCUCGGAUCUCGACGACUCCGAAUCCCUCCGCUCGGAGAAUUCCCGCCUCGCCGCCUCCGCCACCGCGGCCGCUUCCGUCGCUAGCUGCUCCUCCGCUUCCGCCGCCGACGCAGGCGGCGGCGGGGGAGUCCAGCACCACCACCGGCGGCUCUGGGUGAAGGACCGGUCCCGGGACUGGUGGGACCAGUGCAACCGCCCGGACUACCCAGAGGCGGAGUUCCGGCAGGCGUUCCGGAUGGGGCGCGCGACGUUCGACAUGAUCUGCGAGGAGCUGAGCUCGGUGGUGGCGAAGGAGGACACGAUGCUCCGGGCGGCGAUCCCGGUCCAGCAGCGGGUGGCGGUGUGCAUCUGGCGGCUGGCCACCGGCGAGCCGCUGCGCCUGGUGUCGAAGCGCUUCGGCCUCGGCAUCUCCACCUGCCACAAGCUCGUGCUCGAGGUGUGCUCUGCCAUCAAGACCGUCCUGAUGCCCCGCUUCCUCCAGUGGCCCGACGACGCCGCCACCGCCGCCAUCAAGGCCCGUUUCGAGGCCCUCUCCGGGAUCCCCAACGUGGUGGGCUCCAUGUACACCACCCACAUCCCCAUCAUCGCCCCCAAGAUCAGCGUCGCCGCCUACUUCAACCGCCGCCACACCGAGCGCAACCAGAAGACCUCCUACUCCAUCACCGUCCAGGGCGUCGUCAACCCCGACGGCGUCUUCACCGACGUCUGCAUAGGCUGGCCCGGUUCCAUGCCCGACGACCAGGUGCUCGAGCAGUCGGCGCUCUACAAGCGCGCCUCCGCCGGCCUCCUCAAGAACUCCUGGGUAGUCGGCGGCACCGGCUACCCUCUCAUGGACUGGGUCCUCGUCCCCUACACCCACCAGAACCUCACCUGGACGCAGCACGCCUUCAACGAGAAGAUCGGCGAGGUGCAGCGUGUUGCGAGGGAGGCGUUUGCGAGGCUCAAGGGGCGGUGGAGCUGCCUGCAGCGGCGCACGGAGGUCAAAUUGCAGGACUUGCCGGUCGUUCUCGGGGCCUGCUGCGUGCUCCACAACAUUUGCGAAAUUAGGAACGAGGAGAUGGAUCCGGCGCAGAGGUUUGAGCUGGUGGAUGAUGAGAUGGUGCCGGAGAACGGCAUCCGCUCGGCGAGUUCGAUGCAGGCUAGAGACAACAUUGCCCACAAUUUGUUGCAUCAUGGCCUCGCCGGAACGGCAUUCUUCUGAUUUCUGGAAUUUUUUUUUUUUUUUAGUUUCGCUGAACAGUGCAGAAUUUUAGCUUAAUUUGAAUUGGUUGUGGGUCCGCCAUCGAAAGGAAUUUAAUUGAUUGCCCAUCACUGACUGAUAGAUAGGUCUCUAGAUUUUGUUUGGUUAGAAGAAAUUAAGAUUGGUCAGAGAGGUGGAGAAAGUUGAUUGACAUUGUAUUGGGGGUUUUCUUACAUGAAAAUGCUGAAGAAAUUUGUGUCAUAAUUAUUCUUUUUGAAUCAAGAUUUCAAUGAUCAUUGUUAACUUAA